AUGACCGCGGUGCCGCUCGUCCCACCUGUGGCACCUCAUAGCUCGCAAUUCGCUUGUUUUUGUGGCAUCCUUGCGCGCAGAUUCGGGCAAUACAGAGAUAAGGGGAUCAUAAGUUUUAACCUGCUAGUGCUUGCGUUUUUGAUUUUGGGGUUAGAUUUCGGCUUCUUAGCACCUGCCUUUAUUGCAGACCCUCUAGGGGCGAUUGUGGGCAGAAACGUUUCUUCCGCGAAAUGGAUUGGAGAAAAAACAGUCGCAGGUUCUCUAGCGGUACUCCUUGGCUGUCUGAUGGCUUUGUUUCGCGUGGAGACUUUAGUGACUCGCGUCAGCCUCGCCUUUCUGUGCACUCUCUUAGAAGCCAUUGGCGGAGAACUGGAUAACCUUGUCAUGAACAUCCCCGUCUUUGCGUACUACUUUGCAACGACUAGAGGCGUUGUGCAUGGAAUGUUGUCAGUGGCGGGCCCUCGGGGGCCCCCUGAGUGUCCGUUGGCUUCCUCCUAUCCGGAUUCUGGAGGUCCUUUAGGGGCCCCAUUGUCGGGGGGCUCUAGGGCACCUUUGGCAGGUGGCCCUUUCCACAGGGAGGCGAGGGCCCCCCUAAGGGCGGUUGAAAAUCUGCACAUAAAAAACAAAUCCCGACCAAGACAGCAGCCCCUAAAGCCUAACAAGCAGCACCAGCAGAAACAACAGCAGGCCGCGAAGCUGGAGCACCCCGGGAGCUGUCUCGAAAGAAAGGUGGCGCAAACCGGGCAGAAGCAGCCAUUUCAACAGCAGGAAAUACAGCAGGAUGGAGCGGCUACUCGCAUCAAGAGGAAGCAGCAGCAGGCUGCAGCAAAGGCCGCUGCAACGGGAGGGGCCCACACAGGGCCCCUUGGAGGCCCUCGGGGCCCCUCUUUCCGCAUCAAUCUUGCCAUGCACGGGUAUUCCGGAGCCCCUCCUCCAGGAGGGAACCCCCAAGCUCCAGGGGCCCCCAGGAGGCCCCCCACCCACAAGGACGAUGGGGCUAUUUUUAGUGCUCCUGCAGCAGGACUAGCAGCAGCAGCACCAGCAGUAGCAGCACCAGCAGCAGCAGCACCAGCAGCAGCAAUACUAGCAGCAGCAGCACCAGCAGCAGCAGCACCAGCAGCAGAAGCCCCUGUGGCACCAGCCUCAGAUGCACCGUCUGUGCCUGUGGCAAGGGCCCAAGCAGCAGACCCAAGGGCCCCCCCUCCGAUCGCCCCGGUGUCUAUGCGCCCCACAGUACCCUUGGCUGCUGUACAGUCUAGUGGGCGAUCAGGAGCUUCAGCUUCAGCAGAUGCAGACGCGGCAGCCCCUCUGGUGGUCUUGGUCAAGGAUGAUGAGGAGAUAUGGGAGCAGUGGGAAGGCCUUCGUCUUCUCGGCGAGGGGGUGUAUGGUCGCGUAUACCUGGUGCAAAACAGAGACACUCAGGAGAAGCUGGCGUUUAAAAGGAUGUAUCUGCAUGCUCGGAAGCGAGACGCCUUGUCUCUGCAACAGCAGCAGCUGCUGCACCGCCUGUCUGACGUAGAAACAGCAGCAGCAGCUCGCGGCGGGGGGGCCCUGCCGUCAGUGCUGCAGCGGGAAGUCUCAGUUUUACGGGCGUUAAGAAACAAGCCCAACAUCAUCAGCAUCCGCCGCGUGUAUGUUGGCAGCCACAGGGUAUACCUGGCGUUUCCUAUGAUAAAGGGCGGCACUCUUGCGGACUGCCUGAGAUGCUUUGCGUCUUGGGGGGAAUAUGUUCGCCUGUGUUCUGCGGCGAACAGCCACAAUAGCGGCAGCAGCAUAGAGGAUGACGGGUGCUGCAGCGACGAAGAAGAUUCGGCUGUUAAUCUAGAGGCCUCUCCCUGCGCUUUCUCGCCGCUGCUCAAAGUGCCAUGCUUCUGUCUCCGCAAGCAGCAAAGCGAGCAGCAAGAAGAGCAGCAAGAAGAGCAGCAAGAAGAGCAGCGGGAUGAGGCUGCAGAGGGUAAUGCAGACACCACCUGCACGUCGAUAUAUUGCUGCUGCCCCUGUAUGCGAUGCGCGCCUCCUUGUGGACUGCCACUUGGGCUCUGCUUGCGAAUCGCAUACGCCCUACUGCGUGGAGUUUCGCUUUUCCACGAAAAGCGAAUUAUUCACAGAGAUAUAAAGCCAGACAACAUCCUCCUUGGCUGGCAAGAGAUGCCGGUACACCCCAAGGCGGCAGCAGAAACCGCAAGGAAAGCCAUGUGGCGCCUGCUCCAUGGGGUAGACCCACCGCAGCAUCUGCAGCAGCAGAGCAGUGAAGCGGAUAGGGAGUCUGUUGAGGGUUUGCAGAGUGGAGACGAAGCAGGGAGAUCCUCAGACGACGAGGCCGAGGGGGAGCUCCCUGAUGAGGCGCCACAGCCCCCGCCUUUGGUGUGCAACCUCUACAUAGCCGACUUUGGUCUGGCUAGAACCCUCCCCUUUUUCACACGAAGAGACUGCACGCGUCGCGAAACAGAGGCCUUACAGCUGCUGGACAGGCAGGAGGAGGCCGAGGGGGCCCCUGAAGAAAGCCUAAGAAAUGUCAGCACUCCCCGAAAUGUCGGCAGCUGCAAAACCUCCUCCGUAUCGCCGACGUCGUCUCUCAGGCGCAUUGCCGCUGCUGCUGCCUUUGCUGAAGGCUGCUGCAGCGACCAAAUAGGCCAUGGACCGUGCCUGUCACCGGAAAUCAUUACGCUCAAUUACAGGCCCUUAGAGGUCCUCCUGGGGAGCAACACCUACACGCUCGCCGUAGACAUCUGGAGUGUCGGCUGCGUGCUGGUCGAGUGCCUCUGCGGCUGCGAGUUCAUCGAGGGUUCCUGCGAAGUUUCCUGCAUUCUGCACAUUCUGCAAACAUUUGGAACCCCCACGGAAGAAGAGUGGCCUGAGCUGCACAAGCUACCCUUCAUGAGCCGCUUGCUGCCCGUCUUCCCUCUACGCCCACUCGCCCUUGAGAGCUUCUUCGCGGAGAAAGGGAGGCUGGACGUCCUUCAGAGCCCUGCCUGGAUGCAACUCCUUAAGCAGCUUCUGCAAGUCAAUCCAGAUCGCCGCAUCAGCGCAGCAGAGGCUCUUUCUCUCCCUGUCUUCAGGGAUCUGCCAGCCUCUGCGUACUUGUAG